UGACCGCCGCGUCACGUGGCGGCGGGGCCGGGCGGCGCCAUGGCCGCGCACCUGUCGUACGGGCGGGUGAACCUGAACGUUCUCCGCGAGGCGGUGCGGCGCGAGCUGCGCGAGUUCCUGGACAAGUGCGCGGGCAGCAAGGCAAUAGUUUGGGAUGAGUAUCUCACAGGACCGUUUGGCUUGAUUGCACAGUACUCACUUCUAAAGGAACAUGAAGUGGAGAAAAUGUUCACACUCAAGGGAAGCCGUUUGCCAGCAGCUGAUGUCAAGAAUAUCAUAUUUUUCGUCAGACCCAGGCUAGAACUGAUGGAUAUAAUUGCUGAAAACGUGCUUAGUGAAGACAGACGUGGCCCCACGAGAGAUUUCCACAUUUUGUUUGUGCCCCGGCGUAGCCUCCUGUGUGAGCAGCGGCUGAAGGACCUGGGCGUCCUGGGCUCCUUCACACACAGGGAGGAGUACAGCCUGGACCUCAUUCCCUUCGACGGGGACCUUCUGUCCAUGGAGUCGGAGGGCGCCUUCAGAGAGUGCUACCUGGACAGCGACCAGACGAGCCUGUACCACGCGGCCAAGGGCCUGAUGACGCUGCAGGCCCUGUACGGGACCAUCCCCCAGAUCUUCGGCAAGGGCGAGUGCGCCAGGCAAGUGGCCAACAUGAUGAUCAGGAUGAAGAGAGAGUUCACAGGAAGCCAGAACUCAAUAUUUCCUGUGUUUGACAACCUCUUGUUGCUCGAUCGAAACGUGGAUUUAUUAACGCCCCUUGCUACUCAGCUGACAUACGAAGGACUCAUCGAUGAAAUUUAUGGCAUCCAGAACAGUCACGUAAAGCUGCCCCCCGAGAAAUUCGCCCCGAAGAGGCAGGGUGACGGGCAGGACCUGCCCACAGAGGCCAAGAAGCUGCCGCUGAACUCGGCCGAGGAGCUGUACGCCGAGAUCCGCGACCGCAACUUCAACGCUGUGGGCGCCGUGCUCAGCAAGAAGGCCAAGGUCAUCUCGGCCGCCUUCGAGGAAAGACACAACGCCAAGACGGUGGGUGAGAUCAAGCAGUUCGUCUCGCAGCUGCCCCACAUGCAGGCGGCGCGGGGCUCCCUGGCCAACCACACCUCCAUCGCCGAGCUCAUCAAGGACGUGACGACGUCUGAAGACUUCUUUGAUAAAUUAACCGUGGAGCAGGAGUUUAUGUCUGGAAUAGACACUGAUAAGGUCAACAGUUACAUCGAGGACUGCAUCGCCCAGAAGCAUCCGCUCAUCAAGGUGCUCAGGCUCGUUUGCCUGCAGUCGGUGUGCAACAGUGGUCUCAAGCAGAAGGUUCUGGAUUAUUACAAACGAGAAAUUCUCCAGACAUACGGCUACGAGCACAUCCUGACGUUACACAACCUGGAGAAGGCCGGGCUGCUGCGGCCCCAGCUGGGGGGCAGGAACAGCUACCCCACCAUCCGCAAGACCCUGCGCCUCUGGAUGGAUGAUGUGAACGAGCAGAACCCCACGGACAUCUCGUACGUGUACAGCGGCUAUGCCCCACUCAGCGUGCGGCUGGCCCAGCUGCUCUCCCGGCCUGGCUGGCGCAGCAUCGAGGAAGUUCUGCGCAUCCUCCCGGGCCCCCACUUCGAGGAGCGGCAGCCGCUGCCCACGGGCCUGCAGAAGAAACGUCAACCAGGAGAAAACCGAGUGACUCUGGUCUUCUUCCUGGGGGGCGUCACCUUCGCCGAGAUCGCCGCCCUGCGCUUCCUCUCCCAGCUGGAGGACGGAGGCACCGAGUACGUGAUCGCCACCACCAAGCUGAUGAACGGCUCCACCUGGAUCGAGUCCCUCAUGGAGAAGCUUUACUAGGGCGUGCGGAGGGAGCUGCCUCUGAGGAGCCCGGCACUCGGCGCAGAAGUUCCUCUGGAGUCAGGCUCUGAGGUCAGACUGUCUCUCAGCCCUGCUUCUGCUUCUGCCUCUGUGUCUCUCUCUGCGGAGACUGAGAACCCGCCGAGUAAAGGAAGCACCAGCUGUUGACUGUUCAAGCUGUGGACUUUCAUUGCCGGUCUCUGAACACGCACUGUGGAUGGUGGGUUGGAUAAUUGAUUUGGGGCACAAGUGGGGUAACUUAAAAUAGGAGCAUGGGGGGGCUGGAGCGAUAGCAGAGCGGGUAGGGCGUUUGCCUUGCAUGCGGCCGACCCGGGUUCAAUUCCCAGCAUCCCAUAUGGUCCCCUGAGCACCGCCAGGAGUGAUUCCUGAGUUCAGAGCCAGGAGUAACCCCUGUGCAUCGCCAGGUGUAACCCAAAAAGCAAAAAAAAAAAAAAAAUAGGAGCAUGGGGAGUGAAGGGUGGGAAUGAAGAUGAGCAGCCACCCCACCCCAGAAGCCCGCAGUGCCCGUAGCCACAGCCUGGAGUCGGUGGGCUUGGAGGCCCGAGUUGUGGCCUGGGAUCCACGCAGGACUCCCCACCCCUUGCCCUACCCCUGCCUGGAGAUUCCUUUUUACUUCGGAGUUUGGUUCACGUACUUAAUGCCUUUGUCCCCAGAGUCUGAUAUCUCUGCGGCCGGAGAAAUUGUACGGCUUUGAAUUUUUUUUUAAGAUUAAAGUCGGGAAGGUAAUAUGUGGAA